ACAUCCCCUGCCGCAUCCCCGAAUGAGCAGUUUGCAGACUCAGUUGCACGUAUAAACUUCAGUCUUUGUUACGCUUGCAGCAGAACCUCUUCUCGCGAACGCCGACACCUUUUGCAACACCUCGCUUCGUUCCUCUCCAAAGGACAUUAUGUGCGACAGUCCGAAUGCCCGCCUCGCUGUACUGGCGCGCCAGCUCUGUGCCGGCGGCCCUGGUGGCAGCACUUGGGAGCACGUUCAGCAGGCCCCGCCGGACCCCAUCAUCGGCGUGAAUGAUUCGUACCGCGCGGAUACCGACCCACGCAAACUCAACCUGGGCGUGGGAGCCUACCGCACCGAGGAGGGCAAGCCCUACGUGCUGCGUGCCGUGCGCGAGGCUGAGGCGGCUCUGGCUGCCGACCCCGCCGCCAACAAGGAGUACCUGCCCAUUGCCGGCCUGCCCGAGUUCAAUCGGCUGUCGCGGGAGCUGGCGCUGGGCCCCAGCCACCCCGCCAUCAGGGACGGCCGCGUGGCCACCGUGCAGGCGCUGUCGGGCACGGGCGCGCUGCGUGUGGGUGCCGAGUUCCUGGCUCAGCACCUGCCGCCCGGCCAGCCGCGUGUCGUGUACCUGCCCAACCCCACCUGGGGCAACCACAAGACCAUCUUCGGCAGGGCCGGCAUGCAGGUGCGAGAGUACCGCUACUUUGACGCCAAGACGCGUGGCCUGGACUUCGCGGGCAUGUGCGCCGACCUGUCUGCGGCGCCGCCCGGGGCCGUGCUGCUGCUGCACGCCUGCGCGCACAACCCCACCGGCGUCGACCCCAGCCCGGAGCAGUGGCGGCAGCUCCUGGCGCUGACGCAGGAGAGGAAGCUGCUGCCCUUCUUUGACAGCGCAUACCAGGGCUUCGCAAGCGGCGACCUGGACGCGGACGCCGCCAGUGUGCGGCUGUUUGCCAGCGCGCCGGGGCCGCAGGAGAUGGUGUUGGCGCAGUCGUUCGCCAAGAACAUGGGGCUCUAUGGCGAGCGCGCGGGGGCGCUCAGCGUCGUGUGCAAGAGCAAGGAGGUGGCCGGCCGCGUGGAGUCGCAGCUGAAGCUGGUGAUUCGCCCCAUGUACUCCAACCCGCCCAUGCACGGCGCCGCCAUCGCCGCCCGCGUCAUGGCCGACCCGCGCCUUAACGCCCUGUGGAAGGAGGAGCUGGCGGGCAUGGCCCACCGCAUCAAGGCCAUGCGCCAGGCGCUGUACGGCCAGCUGGUGGCGCGGCAGCUGCCCGGCGACUGGAGCUUCGUGCUCAAGCAGAUUGGCAUGUUCAGCUACACGGGCCUGAGCAAGGCUCAGUGCGAGGUGCUGACCCGCAAGUGGCACAUCCACCUGACCAUGGACGGCCGUAUCUCCAUGGCCGGCCUGUCGGCGGCCUCCUGCCCCUACCUGGCCGAGGCCAUUGCGGACGUGGUCACAAACGGCGGCAGCGCCUAGACACGCGGCUGCUAGGCGGCUGGGGCUUCAGCGCCGUGGUGCUGUGAAGGGGUGGAUGAUGGGGCCGGGUGGAUGCCAUUACGAGGCGGCACCUACGGGCUGUGGGCAGAGGAAGGUGGCGGGAGGAGGACCGGAGCGAGGGGCAAGGCUGGCGGGACCGGGAGGGCGGGUCGGGAGGCACGUGCUGCGGCCUACGGCUACAGGUUAAAUGAAGCAGCCCGCCGUGGCCCCGUGGGGUUGCUGUCCAGCUAGGCUGCCGGCGCUGUACAGUCCAUACAUAUGGUGGUACGCGCACGGGAUGAAGAGCUGUGAGUCGAAGCUUGUCACGCCGUGCCUUGCAGUAAUCGCUGUCCGCCCUAACACAUUCAGGUUGUCAACUCAUUGUUCAAGGACCGUACUGCGCAGUCCAGUCCAGUCAGGUGUUAGUUUGUCAGCGGGCAAACCCUUUUUGUGGCGUGGUGGUCUUGCCUGGUGGUGGUAUGUGUCCAGUUCUUCGUGCUGUGACGUUGAUGAUGCCGGGACAUUUUCAUCCCUUUCUUUCUCUCGGGAGUACCAUUGGCUUCCGAGUAUGGCGUACGUAAAUGGAAUGACACGUGGUCAUGUGCAGUCGCGCUUGGCGCAUUGCAGGUGGUGCCCUUGCUUCCCCAGCGCCUACAAUAUGCAACCUGUCCUUGUACA